UUAUCAUUAUUCACCUUUCAAAUUUCAAAAUGCUCUCUCUUGUCUAAACUUGUAAGUAACAAUAAUGGUAUGGUAGAAGUAGUAGUCGCCCUUGAAAUAACACAAACAAUACGAACUCUCCCCAACUCAAAACAACACACAAACUCCAGUUACUGAAAUUACCCUUUUCCAUUUUUUCCCCCUAAAUUUCACCGACGCUGUCUUUUUUCUCUUUUGCCCUCACCCUUUUGAGAGUUUCAUAGCUGUAACUUGGGUGUAACCGAUGCUGGAAAUCUCAACUUCACAGGAAACCCCGCUAGAGAACGCGGACGGCGGCUCCGCGGCGGUCUCGGACGGGUCGAAAGCCGAGCACGGCGAGGACGAUGACCGGAAUCCCGCCGCGAACCGGUGGCCGAGAGAGGAGACAAUGGCUUUGCUCAAUAUAAGGUCCGAAAUGGACGUUGCUUUCAAAGACGCAAACCUCAAAGCCCCUCUCUGGGAACAAGUCUCAAGGAAAUUAUCGGAGCUAGGUUAUAAUAGGAGUGCGAAGAAGUGCAAGGAGAAAUUCGAGAACAUUUACAAGUACCAUAGGAGAACUAAAGAAGGUCGUUUUGGAAAAUCAAACGGUGCAAAAACUUACCGAUUUUUCGAGCAAUUGGAAGCUUUAGACGGAAACCACUCACUUCUUCCUCCGACAACAACCGACAACAACAACAACAACAACGUUGGUGAUGAUGUUGUCCUGAACGCGGUUCCGUGUUCGGUUAGUGCGGCGGCGCACGAGCAUUCGAGUUCGACGACGUCGUGUUCGGGGAAGAAGAAGAGGAAGCUGACGCAGUUUCUGGAGGGGUUGAUGAGGGAAGUGAUAGAGAAGCAAGAGACGCUGCAGAGGAAGUUCGUGGAAGUGUUGGACAAGUGUGAAAAAGAUCGAAUGGCGAGGGAGGAAGCGUGGAAGAAGGAGGAACUCGAAAGGAUCAAGAAAGAACGCGAGCUUCUGGCUCAGGAAAGAUCAAUUGCUGCUGCCAAAGACGAAGCUGUUCUUGCUUUUCUUAGAAAGUUUGCAGAAGCAGAAGACACGGUGCAGUUACUCGAGAAAAUUCAGGUUCAAAACGACAAACAGAAAAACAUGAAACAAAAUGGCGGUAAUGACAAUGCUAAUGGAGGUGGUGGUGUCGCAGUUGUCACUGAUAUGGAUAAACAAGAAUGUGGAAAUACUAAUGUUCGUGUUAGUGUUGGGAAUUUUGUGCACAUGAGUAGUUCUCGUUGGCCGAAGGAUGAAGUGGAGGCAUUGAUAAGGUUAAGGACUCAAAUUGAUGUGCAGGCACAAUGGAAUAGUAAUAACAAUAACAAUAAUGGGUCUAAAGGGCCUCUCUGGGAGGAGAUAUCUUCAGCUAUGAAGAGCCUUGGUUAUGAUCGAAGUGCAAAGAGGUGUAAAGAGAAAUGGGAGAACAUAAACAAGUACUUCAAGAGGAUAAAGGAGAAGAGCAAGAGGAAGCCUCAGGAUUCCAAGACGUGUCCUUAUUAUCAUCACCUUGAGGCUUUGUACAGUAAGAAGCCUAAGAAGGUGGAUCUUGGGAACGAGUUGAAGCCUGAGGAGCUGUUGAUGCAUAUCAUGGUGAGUCAAAGUCAAGAACAGCAACAAGAGAUGCAGACUCAGACUCAGUCACCAUCUGAAGAUGCUGAGAGAGAUCAGAAUCAGGGAGAUAAUGAAGAUCAAAGUGAGUAUCAGAAUCAGAUGGUUGAUAAUAAUAGUCCUUCCAUUGCAAUUAUGAGUUAAAAAGCUUGGUUUCAAGAGAUUCUUUCUUUAGUAUGCUAAAAUUGAACAUCUUCUCUGAUGACAACCAACGUGGGUUCCUUUGACUUUCCAACUAUUCAUCAACAAGAGCAGGAGAAGAUUUCAAUAUUUCAUUUUGUUGCUGGGUUUAGGUGGUAGUAAAUACAAAUCAAUCUCAAGGGUGUUGUUUUUGUAUGUAUUACAGUACACUGUAUUUUCCAAUUUUCAACUCUUCAUCGUUUUUUUUUCUUUUCUUUAGCGAACUUGGUAGAUGAUACCAGGAACACCUGCACAGAGAAAGAGAGUGAUUUACCUCUUAGUGAAAAACAAAGUCACUGGGCGUGUUAUUUUAAUAUUAUAAACUUUUCUUUCCCUAGAAGUUUGUAAACCCAUGCGUGAUCAGGUGGGAAACGGUUGGAUUUGUUUGCUUGUGACAAUAAACAAUGGCACAGUGGUGAACAGUGAACUGAAUGAUAAUGAGAGUGCGUUUUUG